GUGCAGAGAAUCCUAACCUGACUUAGUGUUGUGGGAAAGGCUGAUCUUGAGUGUAUUUCUCAGAAAAUUUGUUGACACCCUGGGUAACAGGGGCGACUUAACAAUGCUGAAUUUGGAAGCUUCACAGGUGCUUUUUUAAGGAAUCCAGCACUAAUAUUCCUCAAGGUCUAUGCACCAAAAAAUAAGAAAGACAUCUGCAAUUGCAUUCAGCAUCAGUUCUGAAGGUGCCAAACCUGGUGAAUAGCCCUUUCCAGGAGAGAGCUGUUGUCACACAAUGUGAUGUGAAUGCACAGUAGACUAAAAGCACUUUUACUGACUUUGAAGAAGCAGUCUGAAAGGUAAAUUUUCUAGUUCUAGAGCCAUUGCUAGUCUUAUAAAUCUCAGGAUAAGCUUGCUUCCCCAGGGUUGCCAGUAGCAGGAAAUAGCAUUAUGUGUUCUACUGCCGGAGCAGUAAUCAAUGUCCUGUGUGUAGUGUACCCUGCCAUGCUAGUCAGAACAGACAGAGUAGUUGGAGAUCUUUCCUCCUUAGGGAAUUAUACAAAGACACUCUACCAGAACCUUCCAGCAGCAAUUACUUUAGUCUGAAGCUAUUAGAAAACAGAAAAUUUCAAAAUUCAAUGAUCGGUCUGUUUAAUAUGUGAGACAUGAAUUCAGCAGAACAAUUCAUUGUGAUAUGAAGAAGUAUCUUAGGUACCUGUGAGAACAGGAUAAGAUUCCUCACUCUGUCAAGUUUAGCAUUACAGGAGACGCUUUCUCAUUCCUGCAGUGAUGUGCUAUUCAGGGAAUUAGGGUAUUAUUCUCCAUAAACCUUAAAACCAGCAACAAAAAAUAACAAGAAUUAAGGAGAAAUUAUAGCCUAGUUGUGGUGCCUUCAACCAUCUGAAAAGCUUUGACUGUCUUGAAAUAACGUUUCUCCCACAGCCAAGAGCUCUCUUAGUCUUUUUAGCUCUUACCAUCCUGUUGCUACUUAACCUCCUGCUCACCUAGUGGUUGCCCCAGAAAAAUAUCAAAGCUUACAUUGAUACUUUUUUUAAACCAUGAACUGCAAAAUGAGCUGCAACAGAGGUCCAGGCAUGACUAUAAAUGUCAAGCUUCAGAGCUUGGAAAGGUAUACUUUGCAAUGGCAUGUGGAAUUUCCCUGCAGAAAAUGGAGCAGGAAGUGGAAAGCAAGGAUCUCCUCUCUGCUGUUGACUAAACAUAUGCCGUCCAUAUGUUGGAUCCAUCAACUAGGCAGGGCCAUGGAAAAGCUGCAAUACCUCCAGCUUGCUUUUUCUGCUAUCCAGAAUGAGAACAGUAUCAUGGGUGUUGAAUUAAAGAAGAAACACAAAAAGACAGGCAGUCAUUCAGGGGUGAAUCCAUUUCGGAAGUGAUGGUGGUAAUUCAAGAAAUCUUUAGUGAUAGCUUCAGGCUUCACUUCCCAGACCUUUGUUCUUCCAAGCAAAGUUUAUUCUUUCAAAGCAUAGACUCUGUUAACCAUACACACACAAAGUUCUUGUAUAACUAACCUGAACCUUCGACUUUAAAUGCUCUGCCAAGUCCUUUACAAGCCCCUUUCUCUUAAGAGAGAAGAUACGUUAUACUCAGUAAUGGAGCAAAACAACAACAAUAUAGAAGAUUUCUCCUUGAAUGUCUUUUCUGUCACUCCUUGUCAGCCAAACAGAUCUGAUGCCCUGGUGUCAGACGGGGAUAAAGCUGGCACCACUCUGCUCUUUUCAGGUGUGUUUUUGGGACUGGUGGGGAUCACUUUCACUGUGAUGGGAUGGAUAAAAUAUGAUGGCAUUACUCACCUGGAGUGGACUCAGUUACUAGGGCCUAUUCUCCUGUCUGUUGGAGUGACUUUUAUUCUGAUUGCUGUUUGUAAAUUUAACAUGCUUACGUGCAAACCCUGUAAAGAAAGAGAGGAAAAUACAUCAGAACUUGACCAGACUGCAAGCGGACAGUCCUUUGUCUUCACUGGGAUUAACCAGCCUAUAACUUUCCAUGGUGCCACAGUGGUACAGUACAUCCCUCCACCCUACCCGUCCCAGGAAGGCGCUGCUGUGAGUCCUAGCUACCUUCACCCAGUGCUCAGCUGCUGCAGUGCUGGUCCCCCCAGCCCCUCGCCGGUUCUCACCAUGGGUUCUCCUCACUGCUGCCCUGCCUACACCCUGGAUAACCUGGCUUUUACUGGAGAUGAGAGCUACACUACUUAUCCUGCAGAGAAUUCCAGGAAUCAGAGGUCAGAAGACAGUUCUGAUGAACCAGCAGGACGGCUGGAAGAUUUUGCCUGUAAUAACUUGUCACCUCCACGUUAUGAGGAAAUAUACCCUUUGUCUUCAUAAAAUCAUCGUGGACAAGGGACAACAAUCCUAAGAGAUGCCAGAAAGAAUCCAAAAAACUAUUUUCUUUAAACACUUGUGUGAUAAGACGGUGUGAGGAAGAUCUUGGUAUUUACACACAGUUCAUUAUCACUGAAGAUAUUUAACUGAUCCCUUCCUUUUUCUCUGUCAAAAUUCAUAAUCCCUUUGCAAUGCAGCUUAAUAGCACAGCUAUUAAUUAUUUAGUAGCAAAACUAUUAAUAGCAAAGCUAUUAAACUCAAUGAUCUAAAUCCAUGUUAGGAUUCUCCAACAAGAAGCUUGAUUUUCGGACUUGCUGAAAAUAGUGGGAACUGUGAAUGCACAAGAUGUUUGUGGAAGAUCAUGGUUGCUCCUGGACAUUCAGGAUCUUUAGAAAAUACUUGAUUUUUCCUUGAUGUAUUUUCAUUUUUGAUUGCUUGGGAAACCUCAAGUGUCUGAUCCAUGAAAAUGCAUUUUUUGUUUUAAUUUUGUCUGAUUCUUUAGAAGAGCUUACUCUUUAGUAAGUCCAGUAUACAGAUUAGACUUCCUCAGCUUGCUUUACUUGGACAACCCAGUCCUGUUGCACAACCCAGUCCUGCAGGCAUUUUUUGUAGUAUCUUGCUUGAACCACAGCAUCUUGGAACAGAGAAUACAAAUCGUGACUUCUGCCCACUUUUACAUACAUCUCUAAGACAUCCUGCAUGCAUCAAAUUCAGUUCCCUUCCCUGCCUGAUGGGAGGCAAAGCAUGAUCUCCCGCCAGGAGUCCUAAUAACUGUGAGGUUAAUGUCACUAAAGGAAAUGGCAUCUUUCUGCAGCCUCAAUAGAGAUGUGUGAUCCUCCUACUGUUAAGGACUUUGACAAUCACAGCUGCUGCACCCCCUCUGUGGGAGGGCUGUGUUGAAACACCUCUGAGGUCCCUUCUUACCUGUAUGUGGGUCUUUGGCACACAACCCAGACUGCAGGUUGCCCCCAGAGUAUCUAGACAACUGUGGGCUGUGGUAAACUUUCUUGCUCAAGUUCAGCUUGCUUCCACACAUUUAAUCCACAACAAUUUGAGAUUAGCUGAUUUAACUAGAGAAUGGUGUUGCUGAACACCAAGAUUGUGGGUUUGAUCCGUGUAUGGGCCAUUCACUUAAGAUUUGGACUUGAUCCUUGUAGGUUCCUUCCAAUUAACAAUAUUCUGUGAUUCUGUGAAAUGUAUUUACAACUAUAUUUAACAGAAGAUGAAGUGUAUUAGCUCUGAAAUUUUGCAAUCCAGAAUGAAGAUCCAAUGCAGCUUUGCUCAGGAGCUUUUUAAACCCCAGAACAAUGACCAUGCUAUGAGUCUCUAAAUUUUUAUUUUGUUUUUCUACAUGUAUUUCAGAUUCUUCUUUUGAAUGUGCCUAGAAGUGUAACAGAGCUGGACAAGCUAGUAUUUCCCUAUGAUGAUCCCAUUAGGUUUGCUUAUCUCCCUCAGAGGGCUCAAACCAAAAGCUGAUCUCAGCUCUCACGUGCUGGAGUGGGCACCACACAAAACACCCUGGAGGGCAAUGGUCAAUGUCCCAAGUAACGAAGUGGUGCACUGUGCCUGUGGGUCAGUCUCCUAGCCUGGCACAGCAAGCUAAAAGCAGAUGUCCAUUAUGGAAUGCGUCAACUUUCUCUUAUUUGUCAAUGCAGCUGUCUCAGCUCUUGCCAGAUUUCACCCAUGUGAUUGAUCUCAUUCCUGGGAGCUGGAGAAGCCUGGCACUUGAGCACAAACAGUUGCACACCAACAUGAUGUACCUGACAGCUGGAAGUCUCAGAGUUUCUGCAGCCCCUGUAGCAAUCAGGAGACAUGGUUCUGGAAGGAGAUGUGCAUUCAGAACAUUGCCCAGCUGCACAGACCUGCAGGUACACACCUCCCUGUGCUGUGCACUUAGAGGCUGCCAAGACAUAAAGCAUUUGGGGGCACACAAAACAACCACUGUGUUUUGCAGUGAUGGACAAAACUGUGACAGAAGUUGUAUUUGGGGCUCAUUUAAACAGACUCAAAGCUGGAUUAGCAACUGCAGCAGCAGCUACUGAACAGUGACUGCAAACUUUGUGGGAGGUUUUUCUCAUUAGAGAAAUAUGGGACACACUGUUUUUCAGCAGUGUUGGCCUGGUGCUAGCAGGUAGUUGGAGAAAGGAAGGCACGUGUAGUUGGAGAAGGGGAGGCAUGCUGUGUUCAGCAUGAUCUCUAUGGGAUUAAGUGAGAGAAGAGAGGAUCUAAAAAUAAAUGCAAGUUUCUCUUAUGGAAGUGUCUUACUCCUUUUCUGGAAUUUACACAGAGGUAAACUCAUCCUCCCUCCACAGUAGGAAGCAGGAUGGCCCCAAAUCCCCAGUUAGUUCCACAUGGACAGAGCCCUGCACUUAGCACGUAGUUCUGCUGACUCCAGCAAGCACUGCAGUAGCACAGAGGUCAGGCUUGAUGGAUCCAAUUGCAGGACUAGGGUCAAAAUUUCUGCCCAGUCACCCUCCCCCACAA